CCCAUCGCGAAGAACACUGCUCUUCUCUCUCCUCGGCGGCGGCGAUGGUGUGCACCAAGUGCGAGAAGAAGCUGGGGAAGGUGAUCGUGCCGGACAAGUGGAAGGAGGGGGCCAGCAACACCUACGAGAGCGGCGGCCGCAAGAUCAACGAGAACAAGCUCCUCUCCAAGAAGAACAGGUGGACUCCAUAUGGAAACACGAAAUGCAUAAUCUGCAAGCAACAAGUGCACCAGGACGCCAAGUACUGCCACACCUGUGCAUAUUCAAAAGGUGUAUGUGCGAUGUGCGGGAAGCAAGUGCUGGACACGAAGCUGUAUAAGCAAAGCAAUGUGUAAUGCCAAGUCCUGUGUUAUCCAGGAUAACCUUGUAAUCUCUCAAUGCUCAAACGUAUGAAAUAUUGUACUUGCUAUCUAGCUGUUGAAAAAUAGUUUGUGUUCAAAGAACUAUGUACUUGGCUAACCAUUCUAGAAAUCUCCAAACUCCCAACUU